GGAGAGAUUUUUGCUUUUCGGCAAACACGAUUCGGCCUUGUUUGUGUAAUAUAUUUAAAUGUGUUGGUUUUUAAUUUUUUAUGAAAGUAGAAUAAGUUACUGCUAAAGGAUAAGCAGCUAAUAACGCCGUCUCAUUUAGAUUUGUGAAUACGGGGUCAUCGAUUUCCGGAAGAGCCUCUUCAGCAAGCAUGGAUUGAUUCUAUUUUUUUUCCUAUCAAAGGCGGCUACUCUAAGUUGGAAAUUAACCCUUUUGCGAAAAUUAUUAUCACAAUCUUGAGCUGUGGGAAACCAUCAGUGGUUGCAGCAUAGAAAGCAGAUUUUGGUAAUGGCCCAUUGGGCCUGGGCUUGUCAAACUCUGCAAUGAUGGCAGAAGUGGCAAAUGGAUUGGACACAUUGAGCGCCUCAAAAAACUUGAGACAUAUUCUUCCACCUGAGUCUCCUGAAUCUGAUUUGUUAUCCCCAGGGGUCAAAGAAGGAAUGGAAGAUCCUGAUCCAGUGACUAGACAUCAUCAUGAGGAGCAUACUUUUGGGGAGGAUCCCUUGAUAGAACCUGAUUUACUUAAAAAAGUGACUGCUUUACCUUCAGAUAGCAGCACAAGCUCAGCAACUGGUGUCAGCAUGUUGAUUGAAAAUAUACCAGCAACAGUGGAGCCCAUUCCUGCAGAUUCUAACAAGUCACCUAGGCACUUGUUUACUUUACCAGAAUCAACAGACUCCCCACCUAUAACCCCUUCUCAUCAAAGUGAUACAGCUGAUAAUGAUCUUCAUCGCAAAUCAGAGGAGAGUAAAAGGGUGGGCAAGUUAAGGAUUUCUAAAGCUGAUCUUGAGAUCAUCAGCUCAGGUGAAACUAUACAAGAGGAGGCACGAAUUUCAAAAAAAAUAAGUUCGUUUGACUUUCCAUGUAAAGACUAUUUUAUUUCUGAUGGUGUAACAUUCUCCAAAGAUAAGAAAAAACACAAAAAGAAAAAGAAAAAGUCCAGCUCUGAAAGAAAGAAUGAUUAUUUAUUUCAAAAUGUGAAUUCAGAGGAUGAAUUUGUUGAAUCUAAGAAUUCUCAAAAAGACAUAAUUCUAAGCUCUAAAGGAGGUUCCCAGUCCAACCUACUGGAUUAUCAAGAAGUUUUUCAUCAGCUCAUGCAGGAUGCCUCGAUAAAACAUCUAGCUCCAGGUGAUUCUCAGCAGUCAAGUAGCUUGACACCUCAAGCUAAUCCUGGGUUUGACAAGAAUCUGCAUCUACUGGAUAUCCCCAGUAAACAAAUGGAGAAUGGAUCGGAUAAUAAUCUUCAUGGACUGGAUAUCCCCAGUAACCAAAAAGAAAAUGGAUCAGAUAAGAAUCUUCAUGUACUGGAUGUCCCCAGUAACCUAAAAGAGAAUGGACCUUUACCAAAGAUUGGUUUUAAUGGGGACAGUGCAAUAGCUUUUGAAGAUUUCUCAAAUAUUUCAACCUCUUCUUCAAAAGAAAAUGAGUUAACCAAACGUAAACCAUCGGGUCAAAAAUUACCCCCAACAAAAAGGUCCCACUACAAUGUGGUGAGCCAAAAAAACAAAAUAAAAAACACAUUCCUGCCAUGCUAUAUAGUCCUGACAAAAGUUGAUAAAGAUCUGACAGAGUGUCGGGGUUCUGCUCCUUGUCAGCUCAUUGACAGUGUUCUUCCCUUGUCAACUCGAGUCAACCAUCUACUUGAUAUGUGCACAUCUGGAUCCAUUAUUUGUAAGAAAAGCAAGAGGAAAGGGGUAAUCAUUGUGGAAGAGCCCAUGUACAAAAAUAUAUUUGAGGAAACUGUACUGCUUGAUGAGGCAGAUCUGGAGAGUUUUCAAGUCAAGCGCAGUUUAAGGAAAAGAGAUAAACAUAUAAGCUAUGUUGAGCCCUCUGAAGAUGAUAUAUUAGAUGAAUUUUCUAGAAAACGAUCUCGCUCAAAAAAUAAAGACUUAGCCCUCAGUGGUGAUGAUGUACCAGAGCACAAAAAGAAAAAGAAGACCGACCAGUGUGAAAACAAAUCAGCUCCCGGCCAAGAAACCAAUGCUACCUCAUUGGCUUUUCCAUCUCUGGAUACCUCAGCUCCAAAGAAAUACCCAGAUCUAGAAAGCGUUGUGGAUAAAUCUUUUCGUCAAGAUGGUAAAAAGGUUAUUGAGGUGAUUGUUUAUCCCAAAGCUCCGAUCCCCAAUAAAAAGGCUCCAGAAAAUGUAGCCCAGAGUGCUGGUGUAGAGAAGAAAAGUGCUAAAAGCAAGAGUAGACGAUCAGAUCCCAACAGCCACACCCCUCCUGCGACAAGCUCAUCUCACAUCUCUAUCCUUCCUAGUUUAACACGGCAAGCACCCAUGCCAGCAACACCUCUCUUCCCACCUUUCCCUGGUGCUCUGCCACCAGUGGGUAGCCAUCCUGUGCCCGCUGGAACCUCUCAGCCCAUCACAGUCCCAUCCCCUGGCCUACAAAAGCCCCAGUACUGUGUGAUGAAAGUGGAUGGCAAAGAUGUCCUGCUGCAGCUGGUCCCCUCUAGAGCUGUUAACACCAUUCCAGCUCACUCUGGAAAUCCAGUGCUACUUCCAGGUACAAAGAAACUGCUCAUGCAAAAUCCUAUCCCACUGAGCUCUAUAGUUUCUCAAACUGCCAGGUGUAGUGCCCCUCUACAGUCGCUGUCAGGGCCUGUCAUGGCUCCAGCUGCUCACUGCAAUGUGACCUCUGCUGCCUUCCAGCCUUUGUUUGGGCUGCCACUUGUCAGCAGGAAUGCCACCCCCCAGAGCCUAUCUCUGGCCACUGGUCAACAGAACAUCUCUUUGUCCAGCUUACCCGUCAUCUCCGUCUCCCAGUUGGCUGGACUGACCAGCACGACUGGUAUCAGGCCUGUAGUCUUCACUACCUCAGGUUUGAUGGCCACAGGCCCAGGGUACACGGCUUCAGCCCCAGGGACUACCUCAGCCGUAAGACUGACAAGCUCUCUAACCACAGCAUUAUCCUCCACCAUAACGCCCAUGGCAGCACCAAACUCAACCACUGUAGUACGCAGUGUGCCCAUACGGCCAAACCUGCGGGCAAUAGUACCUAAUCAAGCAUCUUCAUCCCUUAGGUCCAUCAGGAUAUUUGUGCCAGGCUGUACAACAACAGGCACCCCUGGACGCUUUGCCACCCUGGGUAGUGUGGCCAAUUCCAGCCCACUGACCAGGCUGACCGCCAGUAGUGAUUUAUUACCUCAAAGAAAACACAGUGCAGAUCAGGAUUUAACAGCUGAGCAGCGAGCAGCAAAGCGCAGAAAGCUGGAGAAGAAGUAUCCCCUUCCUCCCGGUGUUGUGAUAAAAACUGAGCCAGUGGACAGUGUACCUAGUCCCUCCCUACCUUCUGGUGGCAGGUCCUUACUACCUCAAAACAUUCUGGUCUCUUCAGUCAGGCCAGGCAUGCAGGGCAUCAGGAUUAUAGCCCCCUCUUUAGCCAAUGCCUUGUCCACCAGGCCUGCUGGCUCUAACAUCAUUUACAAGGCAGCCACAGGUGGGCGGCAGGGUAUCCUUGUGCCCUCAUCUUUUGGUCAGCUCUCAACCAAAACCUUAACAUUUUUGGCCACACCCUCGGUCACUGUCUCAUCAGCUGUCACCAGCACAACUGUCAGCACUUCAGUAGCAACAACCACCAUCACUUCUACCACUUCCUCUUCUACCCUUUCUGUAGCUCCACCUGCAGAAGCUUCCUCAGCUUCUGACACUGAUCUAGCCCUAGAACCAGUGACUCCUGAUAACUCGUCAAACCCACGGACCUCUGAUACUUCACUGAGUGAUGAGGGCGGGGCGCUGCCUGUCUCUUCUACCAUAUCAACUAUUCCAUUAGAAACUUGUUCAGAUGCAGCUAUGAUAGAUGAAUUAAGAAUGGGUGUAGAAAAUAUGAGGAAAUUUAUAAAGACACAAAUAUCCUUAGGACUUAAGGGUGAGAGGCUAGAUAAACUCAAAGAGCUGUUAAUUAAAAAAGAAGAAUACUAUACGAGCAUAAAAAAGCAUUCAGAAACAAUGUGCAGAACUCUGACGUCAGAACCUGCAAGCACCAGCGCUGCCAGUAUGGGGGAUCAAAGUAUGGAAGAUAGUGAGGAUCUUGUGGGCACUGAAACUGAUCCUUUUGUUAUUGAUUGAGAGCCUUGUGCAAUCCAUGCUUAAUUAGGAUAAUUAUUUAUAUGAUGAACGGUUCAUUGAACCACAAGCGUACGAAUUGUUCAUUUGAAUGACUAUUUGUGUAGUGUUUAUUACUAAAUUAGUUUUAGUAAAGUAGAGGUAUAUGUUGAAUUCUCUUGUUACUUCUGAGUGGACACUUUUAAAACUAAUUUCAAAAACUGUGGUAAUGUUAUCUUUAAAUCAUUUAAAUCUUCAGGGUUUUAAUUUGAGAAUUGAAUCUCUCUUUUGGUUCAUUUCUUUCUUAAGACUUGUAAUAAACUAUCUCCAACUAAGCAUUGGGUGUAAUGAGGUGUCAUUCCCAAAUUUUUAUCAAUGUGUAUUUUUUUUAAGCAAUCGGUACAAAUAUGUAACUUCAAAUUUUUGUCCUCACUAAUAAAUUCCAGUUCCACAUGACUGGCAAUUUAUAAAGAAAUUUUUUUUGUCCACUGUAAUACAACACCAAUAACUCAAAUGUGCACUAGCUACAUUUGAUAAAUGUCUGUAUAUCUUGUGUUGCCUCACAAAAAAGAUCAGCUAAAAACCAUGUUAGCUCUAGCCUAUGUAAAAUUUGAGCAAGUUUCUCUGUAUCUUUGAGUUAUUACAAGAAAGCACCAUUAAGAUGGAACUUGUGUUCAAAUAUUAGACCAGUGCAAGACAGUUUGAUACUCUAGAUAUGUAAUUCAUAAAACACAUCAAGCAAUUUCAGGCUUACUUAGCCUCUUCAGAAGAAAUUGUUUACUAAAGUAUUUUAGAAGUGGGUCAAAUAAAAAUUUAUGAAUUUAAAAAAAAUAUGGUAUGCUUUGUUAGAUAGUUUUCUUACAAUUGGAACAGUAUUCAGGUUUAUCCCUUGCUGUGGAGUGAUUUUUUUGUGACAUGGAGUAUCAGGCACCUGGUGUAGUAUACAACUUUAAAGAUGAUCCAAUUUCUUUUUAGAUCAGUGAGCAAUCAUGUGGGCUUCUGAGACACAUGACAUUGGUGGCUGUCAAGUGACAGAUGACAGUAGAGUUACGCUGCUAUUCUCAUAGACAACUCAGUAUUAAUGGUUGUAAUAGGAAACUGAGUGUCUGACUUUUGUUUGUAAAUAUGUAUGAUAAGUGCAGUGUUAAAGUUGUCUUAUAAAAUCUCCAGGCAGGGUGGUAGCAAUUAGCAUGUACUCUAUAGGCCUUGACUUGCGCUGUUGUACUCUAUAGGCCUUGACUUGCGCUGUUGUACUCUAUAGGCCUUGACUUGCGGCUGUUUUUGUAAAAAAAAAAAAAAAAUACCAAAUCUCAUUGGCAUGAAAAUAAUUGUUUAAGCAAAGAACAAUGGAAACUUUAAAAAAUUUUUUAGUUGCUGUUGAUUUUAAGUUUUUGGAGCACAUUGUCUCAUAAACUUGUGACUUUUGUGUACCUGACUACAUCCCAACAGUCUGACCACUGUAGUGUGACCAACUGACCACUGUAGUGUGACCAACUGACCACUGUAGUGUGACCAAUUGACCACUGUAGUGUGACCAACUGACCACUGUAGUAUGACCAAUUGACCACUGUAGUGUGACCAACUGACCACUGUAGUGUGACCAAUUGACCUCUGUAGUGUGACCAAUUGACCACUGUAGUGUGACCAAUUCAAUGACUCACACUGUGUCUGGUAGCUUGCAGAAGGAUAACUGCCAUCUUCACUUUUUCUUAAUUUAUCUUAUGCAAGUUAAAGAGAUUAUUGAUGAGUUUUAUUUAAGAAUGAUUUGCUUCUACAUUGUGUGUUGAAAAAUGUUUAGUAUUUGAUUGGAGGGUUUAGGAUUUAUUGUGCCUAGUCAUUGUGCUGAAUAUUUUACAAGAUAAAUAUCAGCUUAGUGAUAUCUAGCAGUUUGGAUGGGUAUAACAGCCACAUUUUGUUUUAAUUAAAAUUUUAAAAAUAUAAAUUAAAGUACCAAUUGCUUUUUAAGCAAGAUGUGAACACAAGCUCAUACCAGUCACCUUCAGUUUAUGGGCAUAUGUAUAUAUAAUGUUUAGAGAGUAAUUGUUAGCUGUAUAUAUUGUGUAAAUAGAUAUUUAAGUAUAUGUUAAUGCUCAUGUUUUUUUUUUUAUUGUGAUACAUCAUUGUUGGAAAAGUAAUGAUUGGUAUGAGGUGUAGAGUUUGUUGAGGAACUGACUUAAUUCACCAGGCUGUUAUAACACUGACAUUCAGACUCUGUCCAGGGCACUAGGGUAUCCUCAUUACUCAACUCACUGCCCUCAAAGACACAGGUAGCUAGAGAAUUAGGUCCUAACCUUGUAGCUGGCCAAUUUUCUGAUAUCCCUUCAGCUUUCCAUGAUAGCACCUAAUCUUGUAGCUGGCCAAUUUUCAGAUAUCCCUUCAACUGUCAAUGAUAGAAAAUUACGUUGUAGUUGGAAGAUAAUUUCCAAUGUCCUGAUUUUUUAGGAACUACAGAAGGGCUAAAGAAUACUUAUCCAUAGAUGCCUUAACACAUUGAAAAACUUCUCUUUUGGUGCAGAACUCAUGUUUGCCUGAACCAUUAGUUCUAGACAUUGUUGAUAUCUUCUAAAUGUUCUAUACAUGGAUACUACAUCCUAACUGUUCUAUACAUGGAUACUACAUCCUAACUGUUCUAUACAUUGAUUUUCUGAAUGAGUUUUUUGUCAACAGUUUUUCAAGCCCCAUCUCAGUACUUGUUUACAAACAAAACUCUGUGAUGCUGUCAUGUGGAAGUUGUGUAGCUUACCUAGCUGCUACACAGACCUUAGCAUUGGUGGUCACACACAGCAUUUUGUUUUUUUCAUCACAUUAUUUAUUUUUAAAGCAACCAUCUGUUAAGUUUUGAUCAUCCACUGUUCCAUGUGGUUUCUUGUAUAAUCAAUGAAUUCGCUAUGGUAAGUGAGGUACGAAAAUGGUGUGUAUUGUAUUCAUUGUUUUAGGGUUCAUUUUGUUUUUAGAGCUUUUACAAUGAGAAAGAUGUAUUUUUCAUCAAUCUAGAAUAAUUUCUGAUGUGUUGUUUUAAUUUGUAUGUUGCCAUGAUUUGUCUUGUAAUAAAAUGCUGCUAUGAUCAUUUGUA